AUGCCAAAGCUAGUUGUGGUCCCGUUUGGGCCUUUGGGCGGGGCGGAUGCAGCAUGGUUCAGCAUUGAGGAUUAUAACGCAAUUUAUGUAAUUGGGUAUGCUUUCUUUCUAGACUUUUACGUUUAUCUUGAAAAAUAUAAAAGGUGUUCAAACUUGUCUCAAGAUUCAACCCAUGCGAUACUCUUUGGAUGUGCUUCUCAGUACAUAAUUAUGCCAACUUUUGGAUUCAUAAUAAGCAGAUUGUUGGGGCUCUCACCAUCUCUUUCAGUUGGUCUAAUAUUGCUUUCUUGUUGUCCCGGAGGCACUGCCUCUAAUAAUAAUUUGAUCUGUACAUGUACAGAUCUCAUCAUUACUUUUCUUCUACUCUUUAUCGGAUGUUCUUCAAGGCCACUCUACCCGCUUCCAAGUCACGAUGAAAAGACGAAAAUGCCCCUACAAACUUUUCGUCCAUUUAACGUUGCACAUCGGGGUUCAAAUGGAGAACUCCCAGAAGAAACUGCUCCUUCUUACUUGAGGGCAAUUGAAGAAGGAACAGACUUCAUAGAAACGGAUAUUUUAGUUAGCAAAAAUGAUGUUCUUAUGUGUCACCAUGAUGUUAUUCUUGAUGACACAACCGAUGUUUUAGAACAUAUACAGUUUGCAGAUAGAAAAAGAACCUAUGAAGUUGAAGGAGCUAACAUGACUGGAUUGUUCAUAUUUGAUUUUACAUUAGAAGAACUAAAAACAUUGAGGGCAAAACAGAGGUUUUCAUUUCGUGAUCAGCAAUAUAAUGGUUCGCUACCUUUAUUUUUUAAUCAAAAUUCUUUAAAAAGAUAGUUUUUAUUCUAACAUAUCAUUGUGUUAUGCCCAUAAACAGGUAAGUUUCCCAUUAUAACCUUCGAAGAGUACAUUCAAAUUGCAAUAAAUGCACCGAGGAUUGUUGGAAUAUAUCCUGAAAUUAAAAACCCUGUAUUGAUGAACCAACAUGUGAAAUGGCCAAAAGGGAAAAGAUUUGAAGAUGUUUUUGUGGAAAUUCUUAAGAAGUAUGGAUAUAAAGGUUCUUAUAUGUCAAAAGAAUGGCUUAAACAGCCUUGUUUUAUUCAGUCGUUUGCCCCAUCAUCACUUGUUCAUAUCCACAACAAAACCGAUCUACCAAAGAUUUUUCUCAUUGAUGACGUGGACGUAAGAACCCAG